UUGAGUAAGUUUCGUAUCUAGUCAUCUUUGAUAUAGAGCAUGUGUUGGAGCAAUCUCCGGAGGUGUUGUUUAUCAGAAUAUUAGAUUACUUUAUUGUUGAAAAUGAAAAGUAAAUUUAAAAAGCAAAAUGGUGGAAAUAGCAGGCUCCAAACUGAUAGUGAAAUCCUGGAGCUUAAAAAGAAGUAUGAUACAUUGCCUUCGGAAAAUCAGAUUAAAAGGUUUACAGACAUGCCUUUAUCAGAAAAGACGUUAAAAGGACUUAUAGAUUCCAAGUAUACAGAACCGACAGAUAUUCAACGACAGAGUAUAUUAGUAGCAUUAAUUGGGAAAGACGUAAUGGCAACAGCUAUUACUGGAAGUGGAAAAACACUUGCUUUCUUAAUACCAGUUAUUGAACAUUUAUACAUGAAUAAAUGGUCACGUACCGAUGGAGUGUGUGCCGUAGUUAUAUCACCGACACGUGAAUUAGCAUAUCAGAUAUUCGAAACAUUAAAAAGGAUUGGACGUUAUCACGAUUUUUCGGCUGGUCUUAUUAUUGGUGGCAAAAAUUUAAAGUUUGAACGUCGUAGAAUGGACCAGUGCAACAUAUUAAUAUGUACACCUGGAAGGCUUCUUCAACAUAUGGAUGAAAACCCAUUAUUUAACGCGAGUACCAUAGAAAUGUUGGUGCUGGAUGAGGCCGAUAGAUGUCUGGAUAUGGGAUUUGAAGAAACUCUUAAUGCAAUUGUAGAGAAUUUCCCUACCGAUCGUCAAACGUUGUUAUUUUCCGCUACGCAAACAAAUUCCGUCAAAGACAUUGCAAGACUUAAUUUACGAGACCCUGUUUUUAUUGGUGUAAAAUCCAAGUCGGAAGAGGUUAUACCAGAUCUAUUGCAACAAAACUACGUUGUAAUUGAGCUCGAAGAUAAAAUAACAAUGUUAUGGUCAUUUAUAAAGAAUCAUCUAAAACAGAAAGUUAUUGUAUUCUUUUCCAGUUGCAAGCAAGUGAAAUACGUGUUUGAAAUAUUCUGUAAACUGCGACCGGGUACUAGCUUACUUGCACUUUAUGGUACAUUGCAUCAAGAUCGAAGAAUAGCGAUAUAUAAUGAAUUUACAAGAAAAAGUAAUGUGGUAUUAUUUGCUACUGAUAUUGCAUCACGUGGAUUAGAUUUUCCUACGGUCAACUGGGUUGUUCAAAUGGAUUGUCCAGAGGAUGCAGUUCAAUACAUUCAUAGAGCUGGAAGAACUGCAAGAAACAAAGCGCGUGGUGACAGUCUGCUCGUUCUAACGCCUUUUGAGGAACAAGGCAUGAUAAAAGAACUUCAAUCUAAAAAAAUAUUGAUCCAGAAAAUUCACAUCGAUCCAAAAAAACUCUUCUCGCCUAGGCUAAAAAUUGAGGCUGCUUUGGCACAAAACACAGAGCUUAAAGCAUCUGCCCAGCGAGCUUUUAUAUCGUAUAUUAAAUCCAUCUUUUUAAUGAAAAACAAAGAAAUAUUUAACGUAUUCAAAUUAAAUUUUGAAAAUUAUGCAAAAUCAUUGGGUCUCAUUGUAACCCCGCGAGUCCGAUUUUUAGAACGUUUCCUAAAGAAAAAUGGCAAUGAACCCAAAACAUUAAGUGAAUCUAACGAAUUUGUACAAGAAGACUCGGAUAACGAUGAUGAUUUUCUAAAAGUCAAGAGAGUUGACCACGAUCUUGUAAUUAACAUAAAUAACGACGUAAUGGAAUUGCACAAGAAAAAUAAAAUUUUAACAAAAGCUGCGGCAGCAAAAAAAGCAAUUAGAAAGAAAAUUACACCAAAUGAAAUAUUGAAUUUCGAUGAUGAUGGAAAUGUAAUCAUAGAUAAAAGAAAACAACUGCAGACUGCAAUUCCUGAAGAAUAUGAAAACAAUGAUGGCGGUAUAAAUAUCGAAGUGGCGAAAAAAGUCCUAUUGGAAGAAGAUAAAUAUGAUAAAGAACGGUUUAGAGAACUUGUUAAACAUCGCCACAAAAAGCAAAAGAAGAAGCUUAAGAAAUUGACGGACGACGAUGCACACGUUGACAGUAUUGACAGCGAAAGUGAUGGAAGUGUUGAUUUGUCCUGGUUGCCGGAUCCCGAUGAUCUAUACAGUUCAAAUCGUAAAACAGAAAAGCGAAAAGAAUCUGAAACGGAUGAAGAUGAUGAUGAUGACAUUGAAGAACCUGAAAACAAAAAAGCCAAACUAACUUCGAAACUCACAUUAAAUGAUGCUGAAUCAAUUGCUGCACAACUUUUAGCAAAUAAAGUUUAAUUUUAAUAGGCAAAAGUUUAUUUACUUUAAUCUUAAGUACGUACCUAAUACAUAAGUACUUUAUAUAUGUCUUUGUUAUGGUUAUUACUGUUGGGUAACUCAUUACAGAAUAUUUAUAUGCGUCUCUAAUUAAAGAAAUUGUGGAAAUAUAGGUUUUCACAGAAUUCUAAAUUAAA